GUAACAAGACUGCUGGCUCACUUUAGAGACCACAAUCCAGAAAGAGAGCUCCACACAGAACUUUGAAGGGGGACAGGCACAGAAAAAGUGGCAAGUCACAGGAAAAUUUAAGACAGAGGAGGGGCUAUUAACACCAGACACUGUCACUAAAGAGACAUUUCAAACAGGAGACACAGAAGAGACAUAGGGCAGGAACAAGGCCAUUCUUGCUGGAAACAGUUCUUCACCACAUCAGUGAUCUCUGUUUUAUAACUGGACAAUGACAGAGGAAGCAGAAGUGGAAAUCGACCCGCAUCCAAAGUCUGGAUCUGAGCAACAAGCUCCGCAGUUUCUACGAGAUGUCAUCUUCCACGGCAAGUUCAAGCUGCUGAAGGCUCUAACCCCAGAGGAAAACACCCACUGCCAGAAUGGCCUCUUCUUCCAGGAUGGUCAGCGGCGUGUUGAUUAUGUUCUCACCUACCCUGUGAAGAAACCAGGUGGGGGCCGCUCCAGUCGGCAGUCAGUGCAACUACUUGCUGAAAAUGCAGUUGCCUGCAGUCUACGCCGUGGCCCUCACAACUGUGGCGAAGAUCUCCGACAUCAUCAGGCACAAAGGGCAGGAAACCCAUCAUGCUUGCAGUCACUGCCGAUGGCAGACAUGGAGGGAGGAGCCCUUAACGGCCAUGAGGAUCACAAGGCAUUCCGGAGGGAAGAGUUCGAAGGGAAACUGAGAGACAUGGGCCUAGAGUUGGAGAAAGAGGAAGUUACCAAGAUUCCAGGUGUGGGCUUUGUGAAGAUUCAUGCUCCCUGGAACGUUCUCUGUCGAGAAGCUGAAUUCAUGAAGUUAAAGAUGCCCACCAAGAAGGUGUAUGAAGUCAAACAAUCAAGCGGUAUUGUGGAGAAAAUUAGCUCUCUGGUCAGUAAAGUUCUGGAGCCCCUCCACCCUCAUGUUGAAGAACAUCAACUCAAGAACAUCAAACACCUGUCACAUACAUUCUCCAGGGAAAAACAACACCUGUUUGACCUCUCAGACAAAGAUUACUUCUUUGACAGUAAAACCAGGAGUUCAAUAGUAUUUGAAAUACUUAAAAGAACUAAAUGCAAGGCCAAGUACAGCAUGGGUAUCACCAGUCUCCUUGGUAGCGGUGUAUAUACAGCAGCUUAUCCUCUUCAUGACGGGGAUAUUAAUGAGGAGAGUGCAGAGCCCAAUGACAGAAAACUUUUGUAUGAGGAGUGGGCAAACUACAGUGUAUUCUACAAGUAUCAGCCCAUCGGACUUGUGCGGAAGUACUUUGGUGAGAAAAUUGGUUUGUACUUUGCCUGGUUGGGUCUGUAUACCCAGAUGCUGAUUCCUGCUUCUGUAGUGGGGGUCAUUGUCUUUCUUUAUGGAUGUGCAACAGUCGAUGACAACAUACCAAGCAUGGAGAUCUGCCACCCAAAGAACAACAUCACCAUGUGUCCUCUGUGUGACAGAGUGUGCAGCUACUGGAAACUUAGUACUGCCUGUGGAACGGCCCGGGCCAGUCACCUGUUUGACAAUCCUACCACUGUUUUCUUCUCUAUAUUCAUGGCUUUGUGGGCUGCCAUGUUCAUGGAGCAUUGGAAGAGACUGCAGAUGAGACUAAACUAUGAAUGGGACCUUACUGGUUUUGAAGAGGAGGAGGAAGCUCUAAAGGACCAUCCCAGGGCCGAGUAUGAAUUCAAAGUCAUGCAGAAGUCUCUGAGGAAAGAUAAAAAAUCACAUCACAAGAUGGAAAAGCUCACAUGUCGAGACCGCCUCCCUGCCUACAUGGCUAACAUUGUUAUGAUGCUGUUAAUGAUUGGUGUUACAUUUGCCAUUGUGUUUGGUGUGAUCCUCUACCGGAUUUCCACUAAAGCCGCCCUUCAUAUGAGCUCCAGUUCGAUUACAAGAAACCAUGUUCAACUGACGGUGAAAACCACUGCAGCCAUCAUCAACUUGGUGGUCAUCCUCAUACUGGAUGAGGUAUAUGGAGCUGUGGCACGAUGGCUUACUAUGUUGGAGAUUCCUAAAACAGACAAAAGUUUUGAAGAACGUCUGAUCUUCAAGACCUUCAUUCUCAAGUUUGUCAAUGCAUUCACACCAAUCAUCUACAUUGCUUUCUUUAGAGGAAGGCUGGUAGGCAGACCAGGAAGUUACCUAUAUGUGUUUGAAUCUUACAGGAUGGAAGAGUGUGCUCAUGGAGGCUGUCUGAUGGAGCUGUGCAUCCAGCUGAGUAUCACCAUGUUGGGAAAGCAACUGAUUCAGAACAACCUUUUUGAGAUUGGAAUACCCAAAUUGAAGAAGCUGAUUCGAUUCAUUCGGUCAAAACAAGGAGCUUUUCAAGAAGAAGAGAGGCAGAAGAAGUUGCAGAGAUAUGAAACUGACCACUUCCUGGAACCAUUUGCUGGAUUAACUCCUGAAUACAUGGAAAUGAUCAUUCAAUUUGGUUUUGUUACAUUGUUUGUGGCAUCCUUCCCCCUGGCUCCACUGUUUGCUCUGCUCAACAACAUAAUUGAAAUACGACUUGAUGCCAAGAAAUUUGUGACAGAGUUACGAAGACCAGUGGCAGCAAGAGCCAAAGACAUUGGUAUCUGGUACAACAUACUAAAAGGGGUAGCAAAAGUGGCUGUCAUCAUUAAUGCAUUUGUCAUCUCCUUCACUUCAGACUUCAUCCCUCGGAUGGUCUACCAGUACAUGUACAGCCCUGAUGGCUCCAUGCACGGAUUUGUCAACCACACACUGUCCUAUUUUAACGUCUCCCACUUCCAGGAGGGCAAAGAAACCUUGGAUCCGUUGCAUCUUGGCUACCCUGUGGAGAUUUGCAGAUAUAAGGACUACAGAGAACCUCCUUGGUCAGCCACACCAUAUGAGAUCUCAAAGGAAUUCUGGGCAGUCCUUGCUGUCCGACUGGCCUUUGUAAUUGUUUUCCAGAAUAUUGUGAUGCUGAUGAGUGACAUUGUGGACUGGCUAAUCCCAGACAUCCCGAAAGAUAUCAGCCUGCAGAUUCACAAGGAAAAGAUUCUUUUGGUGGACCACUUCAUGAAAGAAGAGCAAAGGAAGAGCCAUAUCCUUGAAAGCAGGGUGUCAACAGGCAGCAAGGAGGCCUUCAGCAGUAGCAACAACAACAUCAACACAAUGACUCACUCAUGCUCUCGACUGCACAGCAAAUGCACAACAGCUUCUAAUGCCAGUAACGAUGUUUUCAUAGUUCAGUCUUAGUUACAGUUUCAAAGCUUGCUAGUAACUUGCUUGCUUAGACCAACCUAAAUAUUGUGUCCUUGUUCAUGUUCAGAACAUUCCAACAACUGGGAGAGCAGCUGGCCAAUGUGGUGUCGCCAAAUGUGUUGCACUGUGCUUUGUGUAUAAUGUCCAAGUGUGCAGUCAAAUUUGUGAAUGUGUACAGGAAUCUGUAAAUGUGUUUUCAGCUUUGCCUGCAUAGUGAUUCAAGAAUUUGUAAAUGUCAACAUAUGUACAUCAAUGUGUACAAAAUCCUUAAUUGUACUUUAGAUUAUUACGUGUGUAUAACAAUCAAAUAAUGAGUAUUCAAACAACUGUUUAACUGAGUCAAAGGUUCAGUUGAGACAUUUAGCAAGUCUGCUGCAAGUUAAUGUCUGGACAUUUGUCAUUACCACGAUUUCUCAUUCUACUUUUUCCUAGGGCUAAGUCACAGUUCUGAUCUCUACUCGCUGCGAAACAGUGGCUACAAUCUAGAAUUGAGUAGAGGUCUGAGCAGGGCUUCUGUAGUUGAGGUGGAUGGUGACCUGGCCUCAUGUAUAGCUGUCUUCACUCUGCAGUGAAUGUCCUCACUCACAACAGGCACAAAGGAAGAGGGAAGGGGAUGUUUGUCCCUGGGCACUCUACAGCUGGUCCCUGGGUACUCUACGACCAGGGACCAGCUGCUGGGUCCCUGGUCGUAGAGUGUAGUCAGUUCCUUAAUUUUGAUGCAGGAAGUGUUAUCAUAAACAGUUUUUUUCAUCAAAUAUCCUUUUAUUUUUGUUAAAUGAAGUUGGAGAGGGAGGGAGGCUGUUAACUAGGCAGGAGUGGAGGGUGUGACACAAACAGAUUGAAAAGACAGUGGCUUUGGAAAUUUCCAAGAUCAUGUAGCUCUGAUUUCCUCUGGGUAACCAUUCUCUAGAUUUUUUGGGCUGUAGGUGAUGAAGUGUGCUUCUCUUUGAAUCAUUUUCUUGAACAAUACCAUCAUGGCAGAACAGAACACUUUGCCUAACCUCUGCAGCAUAAUCGGCAGCAUGCAGAAACCAAAUUGACUACUUUGACUGUGGUCAUAUUUUGUGUAUCUUGCUCCAGGCCAAUGACAGCCCUGAACAAAAGGAAUCUGUGGGGCAGCGGAAUCAUUCAUCUUUUUAAUUAUUAUUUUUUUAACCACAAUCUGCCAUAUUUUUUAUCAGUCUAUCCACCUGUAGCACAUGCAUCUAGAUGGCUUUGUUAAAACAUUUAUUUUGACCUUAUAUUCUCCUGUUUAUGUUAGACAAGUAGGUAAAGUUUUGGUUUGCUGAUUUAGCUAAGUUCUUGUCUUUUUUUUAAAAAAAUCUGUUUGUUAUUUGGUUCAACCUGAAUCACACAUGGACAGAAUUUUCAGUAUUGAAGAAAUUAUAAAUAAAAUAACCUGUUCAUUGAUAA